CAUGGAUACAUCAAAGUUUCUUAUUUUGCUAUUAUGGAUGUGUGGUUGCAGAGCGGGGGGACAUCCACAGCAUGGAUUGCUGAAAUCACAUAGAGAAGAUGCUGUAGUGCUGACCUCCUGUGACUUUAACGAGGACAGUGAGCCAUUCUGCAGGUUCAGUCAAGACGGCACAGAUAAUGGUGACUGGACAAGACACAAAGGUCCAACCCCGACAUCUGGCACUGGCCCUAGCGGAGACUACCCUGAUGGAAAGGGGUACUACAUCUACCAUGAGUCUGACAACGUGGCUAAUGGACAGAAAGUUCGUCUGUUGAGCCCGGCCCUCUCAUCUCCGGCCUCUCAGAUCUGUGUCCAGUUUCGUUACUACAUGUAUGGCACUGACAGUCAGAAUGUGUUGAGGGUUCUGAGCAAGCGGCCGGCAGGUGAGGAGGAGGUCUGGAAGAAGACUGGUAUCCAGAGUCCAUCCUGGCUGAAAGGUUCUGUCACCGUAUCAACGCCCAGCAGUCAGAGCACCACUAUUGUAUUUGAGGCUCAGAGAGGCUUCACUCCUUCCUGUGACUCAGCUCUGGACAACAUCGUCAUUACUGAAGGACCAUGUCCCUCUUGUGUUUCUGGCUGUGAUUUUGACACUAUUGGUGACUUGUGCGGAUGGACAAGUGAAACAGAAAAUCCUGACAUAUUUGGCUUUGAGCAGUGGAAUGGGCCAACAGACACCGAAGGCACUGGACCUGAGGAUGACUUCUCCAAACCUGGAUUUGGCGCCUACAUGUUGAUGGAUUCUUUUGAGGCAAUCCCUGGAGUAAGUUCUCAGAUCAAGAGUCCUUUAAUAACCCUUGUCUCUGGAUGUCUGGAUCUCACCUUCCACUACUACCUAUACGGCACCAGCACCACCAUGGAGCUGAGCGUCCACACUAUCACCACAGGCGGAAGCCUUGGACCUGCUCUUUUCACUGUCAGGGGGAACCAGGGUCAAGGCUGGAAGCCUGCAGAGAUCCGCUAUUUGGGAACUGCUGCCGUUCAGUUUGUGAUUGUGGGUACCUUUGGAGAAACUAGUAAGACAGACAUAGCUGUUGAUGCUGUGUGUGUCUUGGCCUGCACAGCUCCGCCAACAACUCCUAUACCACCGGUAACAACUCCAAGACCAACUACACCAAAACCAACAACUCCUAGCACGCCAAAACCAACAACUCCUGGACCAAGCACGCCCAAACCAACAACUCCUGGUCCAAGCACGCCCAAACCAACAACUCCUGGACCAAGCACACCUAAACCAACAACUCCACGACCAACUACACCAAAACCAACAACUCCUAGCACGCCAAAACCAACAACUCCUGGACCAAGCACACCUAAACCAACAACUCCACGACCAACUACACCAAAACCAACAACUCCUAGUACGCCAAAACCAACAACUCCUGGACCAAGCACACCUAAACCAACAACUCCUGGACCAAGCACACCUAAACCAACAACUCCUGGACCAAGCACGCCUAAACCACCAACUCCUGGACCAAGCACGCCUAAACCAACAACUCCUGGACCAAGCACGCCCAAACCAACAACUCCACGACCAACUACACCAAAACCAACAACUCCUAGCACGCCAAAACCAACAACUCCUGGACCAAGCACACCUAAACCAACAACUCCACGACCAACUACACCAAAACCAACAACUCCUAGUACGCCAAAACCAACAACUCCUGGACCAAGCACACCUAAACCAACAACUCCUGGACCAAGCACGCCUAAACCACCAACUCCUGGACCAAGCACGCCUAAACCAACAACUCCUGGACCAAGCACGCCCAAACCAACAACUCCACGACCAACUACACCAAAACCAACAACUCCUAGCACGCCAAAACCAACAACUCCUGGACCAAGCACACCUAAACCAACAACUCCUGGUCCAAGCACGCCCAAACCAACAACUCCUGGACCAAGCACAUCCAAGCCACCAAACCCUUGUCCUCCUAAUGCAGAGUAUAUAGACUGUGGUCCAGCUUGUAUCCCCACCUGCAUGGAACCCUCCACCAACUGUUCUGGCUCGUGUAUCAGUGGCUGCUUCUGCAAACCAGGGUUUGUCUUCAAGGGACGCCACUGUGUGCCGCUGGAGAAAUGUGGCUGUUUGGAUGACCAGAAUAAUUAUUAUGAGCCUGGCGAGAUUGUAUUUGGAGAUGGAUGCUCAAAGCUGUGUCGCUGUCAAGGGAACUACACUUUGGAAUGUGUUGAUAACUCCUGCGACCCUACUGAGGAGUGUCGUGAGGUUAAUGGUGUUUCCGGCUGCUAUCCUAAAGGUACAUCCACAUGCAUAGCAUCCGGUGAUCCCCACUACACCACCUUUGACAAACGCAAGUACAACUUCAUGGGUGCCUGCAGUUAUCUGAUGUCUGCACCAUGCAAUGACACAACUCUGCCGUACUUCGAGGUCCAUGCGGACAAUGAAAAUCGCUUCAACAGGCCAACCAUCUCCUACGUGAAGGCCGUACAUGUACAUGUAAAAAUGGUGAAGAUCUCCAUCCUCAAAGGUGGCACUGUGCAGGUGAAUGGGACCAACGUUAACCUGCCAGUGACUCCAGCCCCUGAUGUCUCUGUGUUCAAGUCAGGAAAGCACUACACUGUGUCCAUGAACUUUGGUGUAACUGUUCGCUAUGACGGAAACCACUUCAUGGACAUCAAAGUGAUCAAAGACUAUCAAGACAAGCUGUGUGGACUAUGCGGCAAUUACGAUGGAGAUACUAAAGACGAUUUCCGCAAGCCAGAUGGGUCGUUGACCAACAACGCCAACGACUUUGGACACAGCUGGAACACGGACCCAGAGUGUAAUAAGAAGCCCAACACCACCAUCCCUGGGUGUGAAGAAGAGGAGCAGCAACAGUAUGAGAGCUCUGGAUACUGCGGCAUCCUGCUGGACAAGAACGGUCCCUUUGCUGCGUGCCACCCCAGGGUCAACCCCAAUAGUUACUUCAAGGACUGUCUCUUCGAUCUCUGCGAGCUGGACGGAGCCAAGCCCGUUCUCUGUGAAGCCAUCGAAGCCUACGUCAAUGAAUGCCAGGACCGCGGGGUCAACAUUGGACCCUGGAGGAACGAAACCUUCUGCCCUCUGAGCUGUCCCCCGAACAGCCACUAUGAGCCCUGUGCAGAUGCCUGUCAGGAGACCUGUUCUGGAAAACCUCCCUCCUGCAGCGGGCCCUGCUCAGAGGCCUGUGUGUGUGACCCCGGCUACGUCCUAAGUGCUGGCCAGUGUGUCAAGAAGACUUCAUGCGGCUGCAAACACACCAACGGCCAGUAUUAUGAGCCUGGAGAGGAGUUCUAUGUAGAGAACUGCAACCUGAAAUGUAGAUGCGAUGCUCCGUUCGUUACCUGUGUGGCCUCUGAGUGCCCUCCGAUGCACGAGUGUAAAGUCCAGGAUGGAGAGCUGGGAUGUUACCCCACCAGCUCUCAGGACUGCGUGGUGUCUGGAGAUCCUCACUACAACACGUUUGACAAGAAGUUCUACACCUUCAUGGGAACAUGUACCUACACACUGGCCAGGACCUGCAAGAACAACACAGGUCCUUGGUUCUCAGUGGAGGCAAAGAAUGAGGAGAGAGGAGUGUCUGGAGUGUCCUACCUGAGAAAACUCUACGUCACUGUGAAUGGAAUCACUGUGACGCUUAUGAAGGCCAGGAAGACGCUGGUGAAUGGAUUGCGGGUGGCCCUCCCUCACUCCCCCUCUCCUCUCAUGUCCCUCAGUCUCGCCGGACAGUACAUCACGCUGCAGACGACCUUCGGUCUCCGGGUGCGCUGGGAUGGAAACCAUUACGCCCAGAUCUCAGUUCCCAGCUCCUACUACGACCAGAUGUGUGGUCUCUGUGGUGACUACGAUGGGACUCCCGACAAUGACUUCACCAAACCAGAUGGCACUCUGGUAGGAAAUGUCAAUGACUUCUGCAACAGCUGGCAGACAGAGGAGGAUGAGGACGACAAGUGUACCCCAGGCACCAAGCCUGACCCGGACUGUGACCCCAAUCUCGAGGCUGAGGUGGUGAAACCGGAGAAAUGUGGAAAAAUCAAAGACCCUGCAGGACCCUUCAGGGAGUGUAUCAGCGUGGUGGAUCCCACUCCGUUCUUCCAGAGCUGCGUGUAUGACAUGUGUCGGUUCAGUGGCCAGCAGCAUGUACUGUGUGAUCAGCUCCAGGCCUACACUGAUGCUUGCCAGAGUGCUGGAGCCAAAGUCCACCAGUGGAGGACUCCAGACUUCUGCCCCCUGACCUGUCCUCCCAACAGCUCCUACUCUCUCUGUGUGAGUUCGUGUCCGGAGACGUGUCUGGGUGUGGUCGGACCACCAGGCUGCGAGGACACGUGUGUGGAGGGUUGUGAGUGCGACCCAGGCUUCAUCCUCAGCAAUGACAAGUGUGUGGCGCUGAAAGACUGUGGCUGCGUGGACACAAGCGGAUCCUAUCACCCUGUGGGCGAUGACUGGUACUUGGAGGGUUGCGAGCAGAAGUGUGUGUGUCAGGGCGGAGGUUUGAUCCAGUGUCACAACAGCAGCUGUAAACCAACAACUGAAAGCUGCCAGCUGCACGAUGGAGAAUAUGACUGUCGCCCUCUAGACCCUUGUCCUCCUAAUGCAGAGUAUAUAGACUGUGGUCCAGCUUGUAUCCCCACCUGCAUGGAACCCUCCACCAACUGUUCUGGCUCGUGUAUCAGUGGCUGCUUCUGCAAACCAGGGUUUGUCUUCAAGGGACGCCACUGUGUGCCGCUGGAGAAAUGCGGCUGUUUGGAUGACAACAAUAAUUAUUAUGAGCCAGGCGAGAUUGUAUUUGGAGAUGGCUGCUCAAAGCUGUGUCGCUGUCAAGGGAACUACACUUUGGAAUGUGUUGAUAACUCCUGCGACCCUACUGAGGAGUGUCGUGAGGUUAAUGGUGUUUCCGGCUGCUAUCCUAAAGGUACGUCCACAUGCAUAGCAUCCGGUGAUCCCCACUACACCACCUUUGACAAACGCAAGUACAACUUCAUGGGUGCCUGCAGUUAUCUGAUGUCUGCACCAUGCAAUGACACAACUCUGCCGUACUUCGAGGUCCAUGCGGACAAUGAAAAUCGCUUCAACAGGCCAACCAUCUCCUACGUGAAGGCCGUACAUGUACAUGUCAAAAUGGUGAAGAUCUCCAUCCUCAAAGGUGGCACUGUGCAGGUGAAUGGGACCAACGUUAACCUGCCAGUGACUCCAGCCCCAGAUGUCUCUGUGUUCAAGUCAGGAAAGCACUACACUGUGUCCAUGAACUUUGGCGUAACUGUUCGCUAUGACGGAAACCACUUCAUGGACAUCAAAGUGAUCAAAGACUAUCAAGACAAGCUGUGUGGACUAUGCGGAGAUUACGAUGGAGAUACUAAAGACGAUUUCCGCAAGCCAGAUGGAUCGUUGACCAACAACGCCAACGACUUUGGACACAGCUGGAACACGGACCCAGAGUGUAAUAAGAAGCCCAACACCACCAUCCCUGGGUGUGAUGAAGAAGAGCAGCAACAGUAUGAGAGCUCUGGAUACUGCGGCAUCCUGCUGGACAAGAACGGUCCCUUUGCUGCGUGCCACCCCAGGGUCAACCCCAAUAGUUACUUCAAGGACUGUCUCUUCGAUCUCUGCGAGCUGGACGGAGCCAAGCCCGUUCUCUGUGAAGCCAUCGAAGCCUACGUCAAUGAAUGCCAGGACCGCGGGGUCAACAUUGGACCCUGGAGGAACGAAACCUUCUGCCCUCUGAGCUGUCCCCCGAACAGCCACUAUGAGCCCUGUGCAGAUGCCUGUCAGGAGACCUGUUCUGGAAAACCUCCCUCCUGCAGCGGGCCCUGCUCAGAGGCCUGUGUGUGUGACCCCGGCUACGUCCUAAGUGCUGGCCAGUGUGUCAAGAAGACUUCAUGCGGCUGCAAACACACCAACGGCCAGUAUUAUGAGCCUGGAGAGGAGUUCUAUGUAGAGAACUGUAAUCUGAAAUGUAGAUGCGAUGCUCCGUUCGUUACCUGUGUGGCCUCUGAGUGCCCUCCGAUGCACGAGUGUAAAGUCCAGGAUGGGGAGCUGGGAUGUUACCCCACCAGCUCUCAGGACUGCGUGGUGUCUGGAGAUCCUCACUACAACACGUUUGACAAGAAGUUCUACACCUUCAUGGGAACAUGUACCUACACACUGGCCAGGACCUGCAAGAACAACACAGGUCCUUGGUUCUCAGUGGAGGCAAAGAAUGAGGAGAGAGGAGUGUCUGGAGUGUCCUACCUGAGAAAACUCUACGUCACUGUGAAUGGAAUCACUGUGACGCUUAUGAAGGCCAGGAAGACGCUGGUGAAUGGAUUGCGGGUGGCCCUCCCUCACUCCCCCUCUCCUCUCAUGUCCCUCAGUCUCGCCGGACAGUACAUCACGCUGCAGACGACCUUCGGUCUCCGGGUGCGCUGGGAUGGAAACCAUUACGCCCAGAUCUCAGUUCCCAGCUCCUACUACGACCAGAUGUGUGGUCUCUGUGGUGACUACGACGGGACUCCCGACAAUGACUUCACCAAACCAGAUGGCACUCUGGUAGGAAAUGUCAAUGACUUCUGCAACAGCUGGCAGACAGACGAGGAUGAGGACGACAAGUGUACCCCAGGCACCAAGCCUGACCCGGACUGUGACCCCAGUCUCGAGGCCGAGGUGGUGAAACCGGAAAAAUGUGGAAAAAUCAAAGACCCUGCAGGACCCUUCAGGGAGUGUAUCAGCGUGGUGGAUCCCACUCCGUUCUUCCAGAGCUGCGUGUAUGACAUGUGUCGGUUCAGCGGCCAGCAGCAUGUACUGUGUGAUCAGCUCCAGGCCUACACUGAUGCUUGCCAGAGUGCUGGAGCCAAAGUCCACCAGUGGAGGACUCCAGACUUCUGCCCCCUGACCUGUCCUCCCAACAGCUCCUACUCUCUCUGUGUGAGUUCGUGUCCGGAGACGUGUCUGGGUGUGGUCGGACCACCAGGCUGCGAGGACACGUGUGUGGAGGGUUGUGAGUGCGACCCAGGCUUCAUCCUCAGCAAUGACAAGUGUGUGGCGCUGAAAGACUGUGGCUGCGUGGACACAAGCGGAUCCUAUCACCCUGUGGGCGAUGACUGGUACUUGGAGGGUUGUGAGCAGAGGUGUGUGUGUCAAGUUGGAGGCUCGAUCCAGUGUCACAACAGCAGCUGUAAACCAGUAACUGAAAGCUGCCAGCUGCACGAUGGAGAAUAUCAGUGUCACGAACUAGACCUAUGUCCUCCUAAUGCAGAGUAUAUAGACUGUGGUCCAGCUUGUAUCCCCACCUGCAUGGAACCCUCCACCAACUGUUCUGGCUCGUGUAUCAGUGGCUGCUUCUGCAAACCAGGGUUUGUCUUCAAGGGACGCCACUGUGUCCCGCUGGAGCAAUGCGGCUGUUUGGAUGACAACAAUAAUUAUUAUGAGCCAGGCGAGAUUGUAUUUGGAGAUGGCUGCUCAAAGCUGUGUCGCUGUCAAGGGAACUACACUUUGGAAUGUGUUGAUAACUCCUGCGACCCUACUGAGGAGUGUCGCGAAGUUAAUGGUGUUUCCGGCUGCUAUCCUAAAGGUACGUCCACAUGCAUAGCAUCCGGUGAUCCCCACUACACCACCUUUGACAAACGCAAGUACAACUUCAUGGGCGCCUGCAGUUAUCUGAUGUCUGCACCAUGCAAUGACACAACUCUGCCGUACUUCGAGGUCCAUGCGGACAAUGAAAAUCGCUUCAACAGGCCAACCAUCUCCUACGUGAAGGCCGUACAUGUACAUGUCAAAAUGGUGAAGAUCUCCAUCCUCAAAGGUGGCACUGUGCAGGUGAAUGGGACCAACGUUAACCUGCCAGUGACUCCAGCCCCUGAUGUCUCUGUGUUCAAGUCAGGAAAGCACUACACUGUGUCCAUGAACUUUGGCGUAACUGUUCGCUAUGACGGAAACCACUUCAUGGACAUCAAAGUGAUCAAAGACUAUCAAGACAAGCUGUGUGGACUAUGCGGAGAUUACGACGGCGAUACUAAAGACGAUUUCCGCAAACCAGAUGGGUCGUUGACCAACAACGCCAACGACUUUGGACACAGCUGGAACACGGACCCAGAGUGUAAUAAGAAGCCCAACACCACCAUCCCUGAGUGUGAUGAAGAGGAGCAGCAACAGUAUGAGAGCUCUGGAUACUGCGGCAUCCUGCUGGACAAAAACGGUCCCUUUGCUGCGUGCCACCCCAGGGUCAACCCCAAUAGUUACUUCAAGGACUGUCUCUUCGAUCUCUGCGAGCUGGACGGAGCCAAGCCCGUUCUCUGUGAAGCCAUCGAAGCCUACGUCAAUGAAUGCCAGGACCGCGGGGUCAACAUUGGACCCUGGAGGAACGAAACCUUCUGCCCUCUGAGCUGUCCCCCGAACAGCCACUAUGAGCCCUGUGCAGAUGCCUGUCAGGAGACCUGUUCUGGAAAACCUCCCUCCUGCAGCGGGCCCUGCUCAGAGGCCUGUGUGUGUGACCCCGGCUACGUCCUAAGUGCUGGCCAGUGUGUCAAGAAGAGUUCAUGCGGCUGCAAACACACCGACGGCCAGUAUUAUGAGCCUGGAGAGGAGUUCUAUGUAGAGAACUGCAACCUGAAAUGUAGAUGCGAUGCUCCAUUCAUUACCUGUGUGGCCUCUGAGUGCCCUCCGAUGCACGAGUGUAAAGUCCAGGAUGGAGAGCUGGGAUGUUACCCCACCGGCUCUCAGGACUGCGUGGUGUCUGGAGAUCCUCACUACAACACGUUUGACAAGAAGUUCUACACCUUCAUGGGAACAUGUACCUACACACUGGCCAGGACCUGCAAGAACAACACAGGUCCUUGGUUCUCAGUGGAGGCAAAGAAUGAGGAGAGAGGAGUGUCUGGAGUGUCCUACCUGAGAAAACUCUACGUCACUGUGAAUGGAAUCACUGUGACGCUUAUGAAGGCCAGGAAGACGCUGGUGAAUGGAUUGCGGGUGGCCCUCCCUCACUCCCCCUCUCCUCUCAUGUCCCUCAGUCUCGCCGGACAGUACAUCACGCUGCAGACGACCUUCGGUCUCCGGGUGCGCUGGGAUGGAAACCAUUACGCCCAGAUCUCAGUUCCCAGCUCCUACUACGACCAGAUGUGUGGUCUCUGUGGUGACUACGACGGGACUCCCGACAAUGACUUCACCAAACCAGAUGGCACUCUGGUAGGAAAUGUCAAUGACUUCUGCAACAGCUGGCAGACAGACGAGGAUGAGGAUGACAAGUGUACCCCAGGCACCAAGCCUGACCCGGACUGUGACCCCAAUCUCGAGGCCGAGGUGGUGAAACCAGAAAAAUGUGGAAAAAUCAAAGACCCCGCAGGACCCUUCAGGGAGUGUAUCAGCGUGGUGGAUCCCACUCCGUUCUUCCAGAGCUGCGUGUAUGACAUGUGUCGGUUCAACGGCCAGCAGCAUGUACUGUGUGAUCAGCUCCAGGCCUACACUGAUGCUUGCCAGAGUGCUGGAGCCAAAGUCCACCAGUGGAGGACUCCAGACUUCUGCCCCCUGACCUGUCCUCCCAACAGCUCCUACUCUCUCUGUGUGAGUUCGUGUCCGGAGACGUGUCUGGGUGUGGUCGGACCACCAGGCUGCGAGGACACGUGUGUGGAGGGUUGUGAGUGCGACCCAGGCUUCAUCCUCAGCAAUGACAAGUGUGUGGCGCUGAAAGACUGUGGCUGCGUGGACACAAGCGGAUCCUAUCACCCUGUGGGUGAUGACUGGUACUUGGAGGGUUGUGAGCAGAAGUGUGUGUGUCAGGGCGGAGGUGUGAUCCAGUGUCACAACAGCAGCUGUAAACCAACAACUGAAAGCUGCCAGCUGCACGAUGGAGAAUAUGAAUGUCGCCCUCUAGGAACUGGCAUCUGCGUCGUAUCUGGUGAUCCCCACUACACCACCUUUGACAAACGCACCCACCAUUACAUGGGAGCCUGCUCCUACACCCUGACCAAACCUUGCGACGCCAACUCCAGCUUGCCGUACUUCACUGUGGACACCCAGAACGAGCACAGAGGAAGUUCUAAGAAGGUUUCCUACGUCAAGGCUGUGGUCGUCAACGUGUAUGGCGUGACCGUAGUCCUCGGCAAGGGCCGCACAGUCCAGGUCAAUGGGACAGUGGUUGUUCCGCCCAUCUCCUCCAUCGGUGGAAUCCAGAUCUACUUGAGUGGCAAGUUUGUUGUGCUGGAGACAUCCUUUGGCCUGAGGGUGCGUUUCGAUGGUAACCACCACGCCGACGUCACUGUGCCAACCACCUACAAUGACCUUCUCUGUGGCAUGUGUGGAAAUUUCAAUGGAAAUCCCGCCGACGACAACUUGAAACCAGACAACAAACCGGCGGCCAACACCAAUGAGCUGGGAGACAGCUGGCAGGUUCCGGACGAACGGCCCGACUGUACCAACGGUGGAGGACAAGAAGACUGUGAUAAAGAGGUGGAGGAGGAGGCCAAGAAGCCCACCAGCUGUGGCAUGAUCACUGAUCCCACUGGCAUCUUCAAGCCCUGCCACUCUGUCGUGGACCCCGAGCCGUACUUUGGAAACUGCGUGUACGACAUGUGUGCCACCGGAGGUCAGACUGUGGCUCUGUGCCAGGCCAUAGAAAGCUACGCUGACAUGUGCGCUGCCGCAAACGUCCCCAUCCCGUGGAGAAACAGCACCUUCUGUCCUCUGAAGUGCCCCUCGGGCAGUCAUUACAACCCGUGUGGCUCCGCCUGCCCCCAGCCCAGCUGUCAGGACCCUGCAGGCCCCGGCGGCUCUUGCAACCGGCCCUGUGUGGAGGGGUGCGUUUGCAACCCCGGCCUCAUCCUCAGUGGAGACAAAUGCGUCCCACUCAGCGAGUGUGGAUGCACAGACGCAGGCGGGAACUACCGGCCGGUGGGAGACACUUGGUUCACCGAGAAGGACUGCUCACACCGCUGCAAGUGUGCCGGCAACAACAACGUCACCUGUGAGCCCUGGCAGUGCAGCCCUGCACAGGAGUGUAAGGUUGUAGAAGGAGUGCUGGGUUGCCACUCUACAGGUAAAGGAGUUUGUCAUGUGGCUGGAGACCCACACUACUACACCUUUGACGGUGUGAUGCACACCUUCAUGGGCACCUGCACUUACACUCUGGUGGAGGUGUGUGACACCUCAAAGGUAACCGCCUUCAAGAUAGUGGCUAAAAAUGAGGAGCGCGGUCAGCCAGAGGCGUCCUAUGUCCGCUCUGUGAAAGUCUUCCUGCCCAAUGACAACGUGGUGGAACUGCAAAAGAGCCGGAGAGUUCUGCUGAAUGGACGGCGGGUACGAACUCCGGUUGAGUUUGCCGGAGGCAAAGUUAUAACAAGUGGAACUUACAGCCUGCUGGACACCAGCUUCGGUUUGCAGGUGAAGUUUGACGGAGUUCAUCACCUGGAGAUCACUGUUCCCGGAGAAUACUUCAGCAAGCUGUGCGGCAUGUGUGGAAACUACAACCACAACUCCACUGAUGACAACCUGAUGCCUAACAAGAAACCAGCCAAGGACGCGAUCGAACUGGGCAACAGCUGGAAAUCUGAGGGAGACAGUGAUCCUGGCUGUCAGCCGGACACUCGUCCGGACAUCCACCCCGACUGCACCGCAGAAGAAGAGAAGCGGUACGAGGCUCAGUGCGCGGAGGUCAUCCUCUCGGACCGCUUCAAGCCCUGCCACCCUCUGCUGCCCCCCGAGGCUUUCCUGGGCAACUGCGUCUACGACAUGUGCGAGUACGACGGCAUGCAGGCGACGCUCUGUGACAACGUGGAGGCGUACGCUCAGGCCUGCCAGAGCGCCGGGGUCACCGUCAGCUGGAGGAACAGCACCUUCUGCCCCCUGCCCUGCCCUCCGAACAGCCACUACUCUGACUGCACCAGCCCGUGCCCCGCCACAUGUUCCGACCUCUUCCCCAUCUUCUGCCACCUCCCUUCAACCACUUGCGUGGAGGGCUGCCAGUGCGACGCCGGCUACGUCCUCAGCGACAACAACUGCGUUCGCCUCGACGAAUGCGGCUGCUCGGACCCGGAUGGAGAGUACCAUGAUAUGGGAGACUCAUGGCUGACAGACAGAUGUGCUGAGCUGUGCACCUGUAAAGCUGGCGGCGUAAUCACAUGUAAGGACCACAGCUGUAAAUCCAACUCAGUGUGUGCUCUGGACGAUGACGGAGAACUGUCCUGCAAACCCACGAAGUUCGACAAGUGCAGCAUCUCUGGGGACCCUCACUACCGAACGUUUGAUGGUUUCACCCAUCACUUCCAGGGUCCAUACACCUACGUCCUGACCACUUACCACGCCGAGCAGGGCUCCUUGUCGCCCCUGGUGGUGAAGGGAAAGAACAUCCGACGUGGGGGCAACAGGAGGGUGUCGUUCCUUGAUCAGAUGUACAUCGAGGUUUACGGCGUUGACGUUCGCUUCCUGCAGAGGAAGACCGUCCUGGUGAACGGGGAGCGUGUCGCGCCUCCUCUCAGUCCAGUUAAUGGUUUGACCAUCACCAUGAACUCAAAGCAGGUCCAGCUCGCCACCGACUUUGGACUCACUGUGCGCUUUGACGGCAAGAGUCGCGGAGAGAUCAUACUGCCCAGCACCUAUGAGGAUUCAGUCAGGGGGCUUUGUGGAAACUAUGACGGCCGCAAAAAUAAUGAGUACAUGAAGCCAGACGGGACAGUCAUCAGGGACCUGCAGGCAUUUGGAGACAGCUGGAGGGUGAAUGACCGACAGGCUGGCGGACCAAAGAUCUUCAACCAUCCUCACGCAGUCCACAUCUACAGACGAGAGGUGGACACUGAUCCAGACUCAGGAUUCGAGACAUCCGACUGCUCCCAGUCCCAGCUCGACGACUACAACAGCGCGUCUCAGUGUGGAGCUCUGUCCGACUCCAAUGGCCAGUUUGCGGCCUGUCACGAGACGCUGCCGCCUCAAACCUACCAUGACGACUGUGUGUUUGACCUGUGUGCCGAGCAGGGCAGUGCAGAGCUGCGCUGCGCCAGUUAUGAAGUCUACGCUGUAGCCUGUCAGGAGGCGGGAGUCAAACUGGGACCCUGGAGGGAGCGGCUGGGCUGCGCCCUCUCCUGUGACGCCAACAGCACCUAUUCCUCCUGCAUGUCACCUUGCCCCGCCUCUUGCGCUGACCUGUCGGCGCCCGCCGAGUGCGACGCCACCCACUGCACGGAGGGAUGCCAGUGUGCCGCGGGCUUCGUCAUGAGCGAGGGCGUCUGCGUGCCGUACGCCCAGUGUGGCUGCACCUUCCUCAACAGAUACUACCCCCUGAAGGAGAAAUUUGUGACCGAGGACUGCUCCCAGUCCUGUGAAUGCACCACCACCGGCGCCGUGUGCCAACCCAAGACCUGCGGGGACGGCUACGUCUGCACCAUCUACAACUUAAAACGCGACUGCUACAGAGCGAGUCCCUGUCUCAGUCACCCCUGUCUAAAUGGGGGAACGUGUUUGGAGGCCAGCAACAACACGUACACCUGUCAGUGUACAGAGGGCUUCGAGGGCACAAACUGCGAGGUGGAAGUGGUGGAGCCAGAGACACCAACAGAUGAAGGACUUGAAACCAAGUGGAUUAUCCUGAUCGUCGUCCUGGUCGUCGUGGUCGUCAUCGUCAUCGUGACCACCGUUGUGUGCGUGUGCAGACGAAAGAACAAGAAAGCGAAGAAAGAGGGGAAAAAAAUGAGUAUGACGUCGACAGGUGUACCAUAUACAAACAUGGACAACCAACGAGAUGAUAAAGUGACUUCUAUGUGAUUUCACCGGAAUGAAUGAAACAACCGCCUGCUCAAUGAGGCAAACAUUGCACGAUCCAUUCGAAACUCACUCGACAUGCCUCCGAAGAAAAUUUAAACCGUAAGAAAAACGCGGGAAGUAAUUAUUGUGUUGCGAUUGUGAGUCUUAUACAUUCCUCUCCCUGUAUUUUGCCUUCUUAACUUAUGCAUUUGAUAACGUACUUUUGGUUGGAUGUUUACACUUGAUUAGCAGACUUUUGGAAUUAAACGUAUGCAAAACAAGAAUGUGUUUGAAAGUGUGUUUAAUUUUGCUUUAAUAAAAAAAAAUAACGGCACUUUAAUCUAUUACAAGUAUUUAGCAUAUGAAAAAAAAUAUCUGCAUUCACUUUGUACAUUUAGAGGAAAGAUUUAAUUUAAAAAGGACGGUGAUGUGUACAGUAAGACAUAGAGAUGGAUCAGUGUAUCCGUUUGUGUUGUAAAGAAUGUUGGGGGGUUUUUUUGUAACUAAAGUUUUCCAUGCUGUUUUUCACAUAUUUUGCUGGUUAAUUUUUUUGCUGAUUAGAUAUUCAUGACAUGAGAAGCUGUUUAGAAAAAAAACAAACAAACAUAAAAUGUUAAAAAAGUACUUGAAAAACUGCACCACCGUGCAGUGUGUCGCUGUGAUACCCCUGCACAGCUCAUGGUUUCACACUGCAGUCUCACUACACAUUACACUUACCAUAACUUUUCUGCAACUGUCUUAUUGUGCAUUGUGUGUAAAUGUAUUUUCUUAUUCUUGACGCCUCGAUUAAAUUAAAUCAAACUGACCUGAAUUAU